UAUGUGUUUCUUGUCAGCUCGGUGCAAGGACCUCUGUGCUGCGCUGCACAUGCAUGGAUAGGAGCCAAAGAGCAGAGAGCAGAAACAACACACUGCUGCACAUCAGGAUCAAUGCAUAUAUAUUUGACUAAAAGGCAUCAAAAUGGUCUGACUGGGGAGGCAGCAGAGGCUGAAGACACGACACAGGAGGUCAACUCACUUCUGAAGAGCAACGAAACAGGCAGAAGGUGAAAAGAGUCAGAAAUAAGAGCAACAGGCCUGAACCCACAGCCUGAUGGCCACCAACAACACUGCUAGCAUUGCUCAGGCCCGCAAACUAGUGGAACAGCUCAAGAUGGAGGCUAAUAUCGACAGAAUAAAGGUCUCAAAAGCAGCAGCGGAUCUGACAUCAUACUGCGAAGCCCACGCUAAAGAGGACCCCCUGCUCUCCCCCGUGCCUGCGUCUGAGAACCCCUUCAGGGAGAAGAAGUUCUUCUGUGCCAUCCUGUAAGCAGCGCUGCCCCGCCAUGGACUCGCCUGCUCCCUUUGGGAUGCACUCAUGGACAUAAAACAUGUUUAUAUCAAGGGCUGGAGAGAUGCAGUGGAGAACCCUCAAAAUCUCCUGGCUCUCUAUGAGCCCCAGUUAAAGCCGCUGACUCCACCUAGUGGCCUUGAGAUCCAAAGCUGAGUAUAGUUACAAGAAUCUGUUGAAAUUCAGAAGGGAGCACAGCAAAAAAAAAACAAAAAAACACCAGUGACUGUCAUUGUAGCAGAUCAGCCAGGAUGUGUUGUGAAAAUAUUCAAGUAUUUGAAGGUUCUGAUGAGAUAUUCAAAUAUUUUUCUUUAUUGAUUUUUAGUGGACUUCAUUAAUCUGAUCACUGAUCUUAGAACCCAUUGAUUAUUAAAUAGCUUUGUUAUUUGUUUUUUUUAAUAAUAAUUUUGUUUUAAUAAUCUAAGAAUGCCUACCAUUUAGGUAUAGCUUUCUGUAACCAUUUAUGGGUACAGCAAAAUUUAAUGAAUAACAAUUUAGUGAACUUUUCUAAUGAAUUCACACUUGGACAAGUAUUCCUAAAAUGAAAUACUCAUCUUUUAGAUGCUGAUAGAAAUGAUUCAUCUGUACAGCAAACAAAGUUUCUUUCUUUUUUUGGUCUUAAGCAUAGUUCUCUUUUUACUCUUUGUACAAAAAUGUUAGCAAGUUCAGCUGUGUUGUGUUAUAGGUUUUGAAUAUUUGUGUUGAUGUCAAUAAUAACUGCAUGAAGCCUGACAAA